GCUCGUUCUCGGUCCGGUAGAGCCCUGUGCCUGAGCCCGCUCAGCCGAGGAAACUGGAGAUGUCUGCGGCAUAUACCAAGGGCCGUACCUACCCCGACCUCGACGACGUUGCCCCAGACUCUGCGGAUCAGUGUUGUAUUGACGUCUGCGAUGCGAGCAACUGGCGUUCCACAUUCAACAAAUACGACACCAACCGGGAUGGAAUCGUGGAAAUCGAACACUUGAAGAAACUAUGGCAGGAGCAAUCGGGUCUGCUCGUGCACGAUUUCCCGACCCCGGUCCUAGACGAGAUUCUCGAGAGGUGUGACUGGGAUGCUGAUGGAAGGAUAGAUUUCGAGGAUUUCGAGAGGAUGAUGCGAACCGCCGUGGCCUACAAAAACUACCCCCGGUUCUGCACACUGGUCAAAUUUGCUGCGUCCACUGUGGUCGCGACGAAUCGGCGUGCAACGUUCGUCAGGUCUUACAUCGAGGAAUAUUCUUGUAUGCCACCGCCAUUCUUCAUUUUAUUGGUCUCUUUGGUUCAGAUCGCAAUAUUCAUCUACUAUUGCGUAGAAUUGGGGGAGUGGUCUGCAGAUGGGCCCACACCUAUCAGCUCGCCCCUAAUUUACACUCCAUACAGGAGAUAUGAAGUUUGGCGAUUCCUCACGUAUCAGUUCAUACAUAUAGGGAUUUACCACAUACUCUUCAACAUUCUAAUGCAGCUCAUGUUAGGAAUACCUCUCGAAAUGGUUCACAAGUGGUAUCGUGUGGGAAUCGUUUACUUCAUGGGCGUUAUAGCAGGAUCGUUAGGGUCGUCCCUCAGUGAUCCGAGAACACUUCUGGCAGGAGCUUCCGGUGGAGUCUACGCACUCAUCGCCGCGCACUUAGCGACGGUGAUCCUGAACUACUCGGAAAUGGAGUUCGGCUGGUUGCGGCUCGCUAUCCUGACUGUUUUCGGCGUCACAGAUUUUUCUGUUGCCGUCUACGAGCGUUACUCACGAGGCCCGGGACGGAAUCCAAUUUCUUACAGCGCGCAUUUGGCAGGGGCCUUCGUCGGACUCUCGCUCGGAGUCGUCGUCUUACGGAAUUUGGUCGUCAGGAAAACCGAGCGCAUCUUGAGAAUUAUCUCGUUCAUUUUCUGUCUGGUUUUUUUCGGCCUAGCCGUCGGUGUGAACGUUUUCGCCACAGGAUACUACCCGGAGCCCAGGAAAGAUUCUUGAACAAAAACGGGAAGAGCGUUUCCCCUAUCGAAGAUUUCCUGACAGAUCCGUUUCAGAAAGGCACGGCAGUUUCAUAUGACGAAGAUUCAUUGAGCCCUCGGAUGAUUGAACAAGUAUAUUUAUUCCCCCGAAUCGCUUUCAUAUUCGGGAACGUAGAUCCCGCUGCGUAGUCUACGCCUCCAUAUUACCUCGAAUCUCUAUCUGAGCUCUCACGCGCGACAAUGGGCGAUUGUAAACUUCUAGUGAGAUAUUCCCACCGCAGAAUAAACUCAGACUAGUUGGAUUGAGCGCAAGCUCCGCCA